UCAAAAAACCUACUGCUAAUUGGAUCGAUCACUUACAGUGAAAUUCACUUUUCGAAAUGUCAAAAUGCGUACGUGUUAAUAUUCAACAUCCAAUUAUGUGUCAUCACUAUUACCGAAUAAAUUAGGACCGGUCUAACCAGUGUUUACAGGAUUUGACGAACAAGCACAUCGUUUACGUGUUAUUCCGAACAUCCGUUUCUCGUUAAAUAACGAAAAUUAUCUGCCAGAUUACAGAACUUGCGCAAUUCAAGAUUUCGUAUCAGGCAGUCUGCCAAGAACUUUGAAGUGUCUGCGGUGUAAAUAUCAGUGUUUUUAAACAGUUGGAUUUCCAUUCACUGUCCGUAAGGUUACUACUUGUCGUAAUUUUUAACUCUUCGUAUCAUUGAAUAUUUACUAAACCUAAUUCGCUAAAACAUAACCUCUGCUGAUAGAUAAUUUUUCGUCGCUUUUUAUAUGGGAGCUAGCUGAGAUGAGCACCGCGAAAGAACAGCCCGGGCCGUCGAAGCCUUCGGGUUCAGCGCAGGAGGAAAAAGAAAGGGAUGAACGCAUGUUCGAGUGCAAUAUAUGUCUGGAUACAGCUAAAGAUGCUGUGGUCAGCAUGUGCGGACAUUUAUUUUGCUGGCCAUGCCUUUAUCAAUGGCUAGAAACUCGACCCGCAAGGCAACUUUGUCCUGUCUGUAAGGCUGCGAUUAGUAAAGAAAAAGUUAUUCCAUUAUAUGGACGCGGAAUUACCAAACAAGAAGACCCAAGAAAUAACGUUCCACCUCGACCAGCUGGGCAAAGAUCAGAACCUGAAGCUAAUGCAGGAUUCUCAGGAUUUGGAUUUGGUGAAGGCGGCUUUCACAUGUCUUUUGGCAUCGGGGCAUUUCCAUUUGGUUUCUUCACAUCUACCUUCAAUUUUGGAGAGACAAGACCUGGUGCAGCUCCUCGUGGCAGCCCUCAAUUCCUAGAAGAGCAGUUCUUAUCCAAAGUUUUUCUGUGGGUGGCACUGGUGUUCAUCUGUUGGUUAGUCAUGGCAUAACAUUAUUCGUGAAUCUUGGUACCCGAUUUGAAACUGAACUCUUAAUACCUAAUUAACGAGUUUUUUUGUAUCAAUAUAUCGGCCUCUGCCAUCUCUUUUUAAAAACUGAUUUCUGUCAGUCUUAUUGUACUAAAGCCUGUGUGAAUAUGAUGGUGGUAGUUGAUUUUUUUCUUUUUUUUCUUAUGUCAGAGAGACAAACUGUUUAAAGAAAUUCUUGUGUCUGGAUGAAACGAAAAGCUAAUGAUACUAGAAAUUUCAAAGUUAUUAAUACAUACAUCCACUUUCAUGAUUUAAUUGGUACUCGGUAAGUUAAGUGAAAUUGACAAAUCAAAAUAUCAAACCAAAAGAAAAUAUGAUACAUACGUAUAUGUAAUAUAUUUUAAUACACUGGAUAAUGAUUAUAAACCGAAUAUAAGAAAUUGGAAUAGAAAUUUAAAAUGUCAUAUAAUAGAAGUAGCUUGUAUCAUAAUAAUAUCAGCAUCAAGGUGAAACAUCAUUAUUUCAUCUUGAAAAAAUGAGCUACAAUAGCGAAUAUGUAUCCAAGCAGGAGAUAAUUUUAUUUGGUUUUGGAAAUUUUACCAAUUAAAUGUAUAUAUAAUAGGUAGAUUUGUUAAGAAAUAUCUAUCUUACACAAAUUCAGAAUAUGUAACUGUAACAGAGAAAUUGAAAUUGUGUUUCCGUUUAAUGCUGUAUAAGUGUAACGUACGUUUCAAGUUUGUAUAUAAUUUAAUUUUUAAGUUAGAUUUAAAAAAAAGCAAAGGUAUUGAAAAUAAAAGACGUUCGGAUAAGUAAAUGUA